AAGGUCUUGAGUAGAGGGCUAAAUGUGGAAGUUAAAAGUGAUAAGACGUACCCAACAACCCGUCAUGCAGAAGACAUUGAACCCUCACCAGACUCGAGCAGGAGGUUCAGUCGCUCACAGGUUUAUAUUUUACAUUAUUUUAAACUAGAAGACGAAACACUGACGGAGAAUCUGAGCACGACUCAACGACACUGAGGCGGAACGGGUGACCACAACGUCAGAGAAUCUGAGAGGAAACCAGGAGCAAUCCCCACGUCAGAGACGGCAAAAUUAAAACAGCUACGGCAUUCAGAAGCGUUGAGUGAGUAGUUGUUCAGUGAGACAGCAACGUCUGAGAAGCUGACCAGGCGACCAGGACCCGGCAGAAGACCACAGGUUGAAUACGACGUGAGGGACAUGGAGGAAGAGGAGGCGCCUGCUGCUCCGCUGUUGGACGGAGAAGAUGAAAACGUUAUGACAGUGAGAGGAGAGAAAGAAAAGUCUUUGCAGGAGACGGUCGUAACGACGGAAAUGACCGUGGUCACGGCUGUUGACGCGACCACGGGGAAGAGGGAAGAGGAGGAAGAGGAGGAGGAGGAGGAGGCUGAAACCGACAAAAUAUCAGAGGAAGAGGAGGAGGAAAAUGCAGCAGAGGCGGAGGAAGGAGAAGAAGAGGAGGAAGAGGAGAGUAAAGGAAAAAAGCUUCUGGGGCCUUGGGAGUCUGAGGCCUCUGACGUGAAGCCUCCGCUGCCGGACCCAGCAUUUAACAGAAGGUGCAGUUUACUCGCCAGUGACGUGAAGUAUAAAGAAGACUUUGAGAAGAUGAAGGGUCAGAGUCUGUUUGUUCCUGAAGCUGAACUCAUCCACUCCAAGAACAUCAGCGCAGUGAUAUCCGAGUCGAAGUACAAGGAGGACGGGAAGAAGGAGGCUUCGGUGUCUCUGUACUCCGUCCUGCCGGAGACGCCGGCGACACAACACGCCAGAGAAGCGUCAGAGCUGCAGAGUGAGAUUAAAUACAAAGGCAACGCGAAGACAGAGAAUUCCUCCUCUCUUUAUUCUCUUCUGCCUGAAACCACAGAGACUCAGUUUGUCAAGGAGCUGACGGAGAUACUGAGUGAGAACAAGUACAAGGAGGAAGGAAAGAAGGAGAUGAGCAGCAGUUUGUACUCUCAGCUCCCUGAAACCGCCGAGAUGCAGCUGGCCAAGACCGUGCACGAGUUUCAGAGCGAGAAAAAAUACAAAGAAGACGGAAAGAGAAAAGCCUCCAUCUCGCUGUACUCUCAGCUUCCAGACACACCGGAAAUUCAGCACGCGCUGGAGGUGUCGCAGCUGCAGAGCGAGGUGAACUAUCGCCCCAAGCUGCUGGUUAAAGGAGCUCCCUCGUCUCUUUACUCUCAGCUCCCCGACACCUCAGAGAUCCAGUUUGCCAGAGAGAUGACUGAGAUGCAGAGUCAGAGUAAAUACAAGGAGGGCGGCAGGAGGAGCCUCUCUCAGAGUUUCUACUCUCAGCUCCCAGAGACGGCCGAGACUCAGUUUGCUAAAGCUGUAGCGGAGCUGCAGAGCGAGAUGCGAUACAAAGACGCAGGGAAGAAGGGCGUGAACUCGUGUUUGUACUCUCUUCUCCCGGAGACGCUGGAGACGGCUCACGCCAAGGAAGUCUCUGAGCUCCUCAGUCAGGUGAAGUAUAAAGAGGAGGGUAAGAAGGAGAUGAGCGUGAACCUGUUCUCUCUGUUACCUGAGACCUUCGACACCCAACACGCUAAAGAGGCGUCACACCUGCAGAGCCAGGUGAAGUAUAAAGAAGGUCUGAAGCAGAAGACUCAGAGCAGUUUGUAUCAUCAGCUCGCUGAGACGCCGGAGACACAGCUGGCCAAACAGCUGUCGGAGCUGCAGAGUGAGACAAAGUAUAAAGAAGCUGGAAAGAAGGAGGUGGCUUCGUGCCUGUACUCUCUUCUCCCUGAGACGCUGGAGACACAACACGCCAAAGAGACGACGGAGCUGCUCAGUGAGAUUAAGUACAAGGAGAGUGGGAAGAAGGAGAUGUCCAGCUCCCUCUAUUCCACGCUGCCCGAUACUUCACAGACCAGCUUCGCCAGAGAGAUGACUGACAUGCAGAGCGAGAGUAAAUACAGAGAGGACGGGAUGAAGAGCAUGUCCCACAGUAUCUACAGUCAGCUGCCGCAGACCACAGACAUGCAGUUUGUUAAAACUGUGUCUGAGCUGCAGAGUGAGAUGAAGUACAGAAAAGGAAAGAAGGAAGUGUCCAACUCGCUGUAUUCCACUCUGCCCGAGACUCUGGAGACGCUGCACGCCAAAGAAGCGUCUGAGCUGCAGAGUGAGCUGAAGUACAAGGUGGCUCUGAAGAAAGGUCUCUCCUCCAGUCUGUUCCAUCACCUGCCUGAGACCUUGGAGACGGCCCACGCUAAAGAAGUCUCCGAGCUUCUCAGCGAGGUGAAGUAUAAAGAGGAGGGUAAGAAGGAGAUGAGCGUGAACCUGUUCUCUCUUCUACCUGAGACCUUCGACACCCAACACGCUAAAGAGGCGUCACACCUGCAGAGCCAGGUGAAGUAUAAAGAAGGUCUGAAGCAGAAGACUGAGAGCAGUUUGUACCAUCGCCUCCCAGAGACCACGGAGACGCAGCUGGCCAAACAGCUGUCGGAGCUGCAGAGUGACACCAAGUACAAGGAGGCGAGUAAGAAAGAGGCAAACAGCUGCCUGUACUCGCUGCUGCCUCACACCAUGGAGACGCAGCGCGCUAAAGAAGCUGCAGAGCUGCUGAGCGAGAUCAAGUACAAGGAGAGUGGGAAGAAGGAGAUGUCCAGCUCGCUGUACUCCUCGCUGCCCGACACCUCAGAGACCAGCUUCGCCCGGGAGAUGACGGACAUGCAGAGCGAGAACAAGUACAAGGAGGCCGGGAAGAGAAGCGUCUCUCAGAGCUUCUACUCGCAGCUGCCGGAAACCGCUGACACUCUAUUUGCUAAGAGUGUCUCUGAGCUGCGGAGCGAGAUGAAGUACAAAGAAGCCGGACAGAGAGGAGUGACCCGCUCUUUGUACUCGACUUUACCGGAGACUCUGGAAACUCAACACGCCAAAGAGGCUUCACGGCUGCAGAGUCAGCUGAAAUACAAGCAGAGUCUAAAGAGCGACACCACGAGUCUUUACCACCUGAUGCCAGAAACCAACGAGACUCAGUUUGUCAGAGAGCAGACGGAGAUGCUCAGUGAGGUCAAGUACAAAGAAGACGGUAAGAAGGAGAUGAGCGUCCACCUGUACUCUCUGCUCCCCGACACAGUCGAGGCGCAGCACGCCAAAGAGCUGAGAGAGCUGCAGAGUGAGGCUAAAUACAAAGAGGCCAGUAAGAAGCAGGCGUCAACGCCUCUGUACCAUCGACUGCCAGAAACCCUGGAGACGCAGCACGCCAAAGAGGCGUCGCAGCUACAGAGCCAGAUCUUGUAUAAAGAGGCUGUUAAGAGGGACAUGUCGUGUCCCGUGUACCACCAGCUGCCCGACACUCUGGAGACCCAGUUCGCCCGAGGGCUCAUGGACAUGCAGAGCCAAAACAAGUACCAGGAGGACGGGAGGAGGAGCCUGAGUCAGAGCUUCUACAGUCAGCUGCCUGAAACGGCUGAGACCCAGUUUGCUAAAGCUGUUUCUGAGCUGCAGAGCGAGAUGAAGUACAAGAAGUCAGGCAGGCAGGGAGCCGGCAGCUGUCUGUACUCCACGAUGGCUGAAACGCUGGAUACUCAACACGCCAGGCAGGCGUCACACAUGCUGAGCCAGGUCAGGUACAAAGAGGACGUGCUGAAGGAUUUGUCGUCCUCGCUGUUUUCCAACCUUCCUCAAACACUCCAGACCGAGUUGGCCAAGGAGGUGACGGAGCUCCAGAGCCAGGUGAAAUAUAAAGAGGGCUGUAAGAAGGAGGCGUCCUCCUCCCUGUACCGUCUCCUGCCAGAGACGCCAGAGAUGCAUUUCGCCAAACAGAUGUCGGAGAUGCAGAGCGAGGCGAAAUACAAGAAGGACAAAGAGGAUCUGUCCAACCCUCUGUUCUCGCUGCUGCCCGAAACUCUGGAGACGCAGUUUGUCAAAGAGAUGAACGAGACGCACAGCGAGGUGAAGUACAAGCAGAGAGGGAAGCAGCAGGCGGCGGCGUCUCUUUACUCCAAACUGCCUGAAACUCUGGAGACCAAACACGCUAAAGAGGCGACGGAGCUGCAGAGCGAGAAAAAGUACAAAGAUGACGGGAGGAAGGAGAUGAUGACGUCUCUUUACUCGCAGCUUCCCGAAACCACAGAGACGCAGUUCGCCCGGGAGGUGACGGAGAUGCAGAGCGAGAACAAGUACAAAGAAAGUGGGAAGAAGAGUCAGACGGUCAGUGUUUACUCCCAGCUGCCAGACACCAACGAAAUCCAGUUUGCCAAAGCUGUUUCUGAAAUACAAAGUGAGGCCAAAUACAAAGAAGCAGGGAAGAAGGACGUGAGCAGCUCUCUGUACUCGAAGCUGCCGGAGACCCUGGACACGCUGCACUCUAAAGAGGCGUCACAGCUGCAGAGUCAGGUGAAGUACAAACAGGACGGUAAGAUGGAGGCGAGAGACUCCCUGUACCAUCGACUGCCUGAAACCACAGAGACACAGCUGGCGAAGCAUCUGAGAGACAUUUACAGCGAGGUGAAGUACAAAGACGAGGGGAAGAAGGAGGCCGCGAGGAACCUGUACUCGCUCCUCCCCGAGACGGCGGAGACGCAGUUUGCCAAACACGUGUCUGAGAUACAGAGCGAGGCCACGUACAAGAAGGACAGAGAGGAUCUGCCCAACGCCCUGUUCUCGCUGCUGCCCGAAACGCUGCACACUCAGUUUGUCAGAGAGAUGAAUGAGACGCACAGCGAGGUCAGAUACAAGGAAGCAGCUAAGAAAGAAGCCAGCAGCGCUCUGUUCCACCGGCUGCCGGAGACUCUGCAGACGCUGCAUGUUAAAGAGGUUACUGAGCUGCAGAGCGAGAACAAGUACAAGGAGAGCGGGAAGAGGUUGAUGUCGUCCAGCUUGUACGCUCAGCUGCCGCAGACGGCCGAGACGAAGCUCGCCGCCAAGAUGUCGGACCUGCAGAGUGAGAGUAAAUACAAAGAGGACGGGAUCAGGAGCCUGGCUCAGAGCUUCUACUCUCAGCUGCCAGAGACGGCCGAGACCCAGCUCGCCAGAUCGGUCUCUGAGCUGCAGAGCGAGACCAAGUACAAGGAGGCGAGCAGGAAGGAGGCGAGCAGCUGUCUGUACCAUCAGCUCCCUGAAACUCUGGAGACUCAGCAUGCGAAGGAGACGGCUGAGCUGCAGAGUCAGGUGAAGUACACAGAAGGGAAGAAAGAGCUGAGCACCAACCUGUACUCUCUGCUGCCUGAGACGGAGGAGAUGAAGUUAGCUAAAGCCGCCAUGGAUCUGCAGAGCGAGAAUAAAUACAAGCAGAAAGGCCGACAGGAGGUCAGCACCAGCGUGUUCCACCAGAUGCCACAAACCAACGAGAUGCAGUUUGCGAAGCAGAUGUCUGAACUUCAGAGCGAGACCAAGUACAAGAAGGACAAGGAGGAUCUGCCCAACGCUCUCUACUCGCUGCUGCCUGAAACGCUGCACACUCAGUUUGUCAGAGAGAUGAAUGAGACGCACAGCGAGAGUAAAUACAAGGAGGCCGGUAAGAAGGAGCUGGUGAACAGUUUGUAUUCUCUGCUGCCCGAGACCAAAGAAACUCAACAUGCCAAGGAGCAAACUCAGCUGCACAGUGAGAAAGCGUACAGGCAGGAGGGUAAGAGGGACGCCGGCUGCAGUCUGUACGCACAGAUGCCCCAGACCAUCGAGACCGUCUUCGCCAAAGAGCUGAGCAAGACGCAGAGCGAUAAGUCUUACAAGGAGAAGUACAAUCGUGAGAAGGGGAAGUCCAGCUACACCAACAUGAAGACGCUGCCCGAGGUGGAGCACGCCAUGGAGGUCAACAAGAACCAGAGCAACGUCAGCUACAGAAAAGACAGAGAGGAGCUUCAUCACUACAACUCAGCACCAGACAGACCGGACAUCAUCAGCGCCACCAACGCUUCAAAACUGGCCAGCAACGUGGCCUAUAAGAGUAACACAAAGCAGCUGGUUUACAGCGACGUCUCUCUUUUGGCCAGAACUGACAUCCAGCACGCCAAGGAGGUUUCAAAACUGGCCAGUCAGGUGAAGUAUAAGGAGAACUUCCACGGCCAGAAGCCUCGUUACAACCCACUUGAGUGUGUCUCCUUCAGACACACACAAGCUGCCGCCGCUCUGGCCAGUCAGGUGAAGUAUAAAACCAACCAGAACCAGAAACCUGAGGGAUCAUCGGACCUGCCCAACCUCCUGCAGCUGGAGCACGUCCUGCACGCCAGCAAACUGCAGAGCAACGUGGAGUAUAAGAAGGAUUACGAGCAAUCUAAGGCCCACUACCACGUUGCUGUGGACACAGCUGAACAGCUCCACCACAGGGAGAACGCGGUGCUGCACAGUCAGGUGAAGUACAGAGAGGAGUAUGAGAAGAGCAAAGGUCGAUCUCAGAUGGAGUUUGGAGACACUCAGAUGUACAAAGUGUCUAAAGAAGCACAGAAGAUGCAGAGCGAGAGGGAGUAUCGGAGGGACUAUGAGGAGCAGGUGAAGGGGAAAGCGUUGGUGGACGUUGACCAAACGCCUGGAUACCUGACAGCUCGUCACGCCAGCAGUCUGCUGAGCGAGAAGGAGUACAGGAAAGACUUUGAACAGGAAGUGAAGGGGCGUGGCUUAUCUGGCCUCGGCCUGGAGGAAACGCCAGAGCUGCUGAGGGCUAGAAACGCCACUCAGAUACUGAACCAGAGGUUUUACAAGCAGACGGAGCAGCUCCGUGAAAGCUCAUACGGGACGGUGACAGACACUCCUGAGCUGCUGCACGCCUCCUACCUCAAAGACGUCUACAGUCAGAAGAAGUAUAAGGACGAGGCCGAGCGGCUGAAGGGACGUUACAGUCAGUUGUGUGAAACUCCAGAGAUGAAGCGAGUCAAAGCCAACCAGCGACACAUCAGCUCACUGCGGUACAGCUGGGACUCCAAGCUCAUGAGAGGUCUGUCGUCCUCGGUCACAGACACGCCCGAGAUCGUCCUCGCCAGAGAGAACGCCAAGAAGAUCAGUGAUGUCCGCUACCGAGAGGAGGUGGGGAGUGGCACCGCCGUCAUGGACACGCCUGAGAUGGAAAGAGUACGACGCAACCAGGAGAACAUCAGCUCAGUCAAGUACAAGCAGAGUGCGGUGAAGGCCACGAGUGUGGGAGUGACGCCAGAGCUGGAGAGAGUCCGACAGAACCAGGAGAACAUCAGCUCGGUGAAGUAUCAGCGCGGGCUGCAGGAGAUGAGGGGGCGGAGCUGCACCGAGCUGGACACACCUGAGUACAGACGUGUCAGGAAGACACAGGACUCGGUCUCCAUGGCCAAGUACCACGAGGACUUUGAGCGAGCGCGCGGCCGAGGCUGCACUCCGGGAUUGGACGAUCCCAGCAUGGAGCGCUACCAGAGAUCCAAUCAGAUGAUGGGAGAGGCAGGUUACGGCAAAGGGAUCCACCCCCAGGUGAUGGAGAUGGACAGACGACCAGGAGGCAUCAUCGUAGACCUGAAGGUGUGGAGGACAGACCCAGGCUCCAUAUUUGACUUUGACCCUCUGGAGGACAACGUCCAGUCCAAGAGCCUCCGCAGGAUGUCUGAGCGGGCAGGCCGCAGACUGAGCCGGCAGCACUCGCAGCAGUCUCUCGCCCACAGCCAGGCUCAGUCUGUCAGCUCUCUGACCUCUGACCUCUGGGACGGCAGCAGCGCUGACACCCCCGCGCCCGUCCUUCCAGGAGCGUACCAUCAGGGCGUUCAGAUGCAGCAGCAGCAGCAGUAUCACGGCUACAUGCAUCAAACCAGCAUGUCAUCCGUCAGAUCCGUCACCUCCCCCCCGCACUCAGCCACCAUGCGUGUUUACCGGGCGCUGUACGACUACGCGGCUCAGGACCACGACGAGGUCUCGUUCAGGGAUGGGGACGUCAUCAUCAACGCUCAGCCAAUCGACGAGGGCUGGAUGUACGGCACCGUGCAGAGAACCGGCAAGUCCGGCAUGUUGCCGGCAAACUACGUGGAGUGUUGCAACUGAAGGAGAGAGGAAGGUGUGGAGAGAGAGAGGGGGAGAGGGAGAGAGAGAGAGGAGACGGAAGUGAGGCGGGGGUGGAAUUUAAACGAAAAAAAGAAAAAUCCACCUUCAUUGGUUAAAACAAAUCAGAAGUUGCUGAUGUCAGUCGCUCUUUUGGGUUUUUUCUUCUUCCAGAUGUUUUCAGCUGCAAACGUUUGAAUUCACAGAUCUGAAACUUUAUCAAUGUCGAUAAAAACCGGAACAGAGCAGUUUCCACAGCGUCAAGUCCCAGUCACAAACCGGUUUUCUAGUCGUGAUCACUUGUUGCUGUAAAUCGCAUCAUUUAAAGUGGUGGCCAUCACUGACCUCACUCCAGAACAACAGCUGGAAUUCACUGAACAUGACAGACGGCUGCUUUCAGACAUGCACUGAGCUCCGGAGGUUCUGCCGGACAUUCUCCGGAGGACCUCUGUAUGUGUGAACGCAAAUGUCCCAGUGAGAUCCGCAGAAAGUCUGGAGGAGACGAUAGCAGGAGAUCCUUCACUGUGAGCGACGGGGGGGUGGGGGGUUUCUAACACGCGGCAGACGCAAAACUGAAAACAAAAUUAAAACAAAUGUCUCCGGGUGAAAAAGAGGAGCCUCACACGUAGAAGACGGAGACGUCAGGAGAGUUUGUGGUGAUGACACUCGAGUCUGAGCGAAGGAUCUCCUGCUGCGUCCUUCAUGUGUGAGAGAAACAAACAUCCAGACCCGGAGCUCGGGACAUCCUCCGGAGGUCGUGUCUGAAAACGGCUCACGUGAGGGGGGAGGGAUCAAUGUCACGCGUUGCACGGAGAGGAGGGAGAGACAGAAGAAGGAAUCAACAGGAAACUAAGUACGAGUAGAAACAUUUAAAACUCAAUAAAGUGGGAGAUGAGAGAAGAGGGAGGCGUGAAUCCUUCAGUAUUAUCACCAGAAGAGGAAGGACGGACUUUAACCGACGAUUCAGCCCAAAACUCAAACUGUCUGAUUAUCAGGAGAAGACGUUUAAAAGAGCAAGUCUGGUGAUAUUUUAUAUUUUUCUUCUUGUUGAUAUAAAACAUAUUGUGUGUGCAUCCACAGCCUGACACAUCUCAUGUGUUUGUGCCAUAGAGCUCCAUCCGCCGCUGGAAAUAGUCCCAAACAGAUGCACUGUUUCCUCCUGUGAGCGGCUGUUUCAGGAAAGAAC